UCUCCAUUUCCUCUCCUCGCUCUCUUCGUUCGCUUCCUCCUCCUCCUCCUCCUCGUCGUCGUCGUCGUCGUCGUCGUCUCGCGCUCUUCUCCUCUCCGAUUCUCUCGAAGCUAUUCAUAGAUCUCUCACUGGAUGUAGUAUAGGGUUUGUAUUCUUGCACCUGAUCAAGGCCUCGGCUUGUAUUCUGUUUUAUGAAUGGCGAGAGAUCCGAGUCCCGAUAUAGAUGAUGAACUCUUUAAUGAAGUUUAUGGGAAAGCAUACACUGGACCUGUUGGAUCGAACGCUGCCAACAAUUCAGUGCCAAAAGGAAAUGAUAACAAGAGAGCUUUUCCUGGUGGCCAAUCUGAUGAAGAAGAUGAGCCUCGGGAUCCUAAUGCUGUUCCGACUGAUUUUACUAGUAGAGAGGCUAAGGUGUGGGAGGCAAAGGCGAAGGCUACUGAAAGGAAUUGGAAGAAAAGAAAGGAAGAGGAAAUGAUCUGCAAAAUAUGUGGUGAAUUGGGUCAUUUUACACAGGGUUGUCCAUCUACUCUCGGGGCAAAUCGUAAAAAUGCAGACUUUUUUGAGAGAGUUCCAGCUAGAGAUAAACAAGUGAGAGCACUUUUCUCUCCAAAGGUGAUAAGUCAGAUUGAAAAGGACAUUGGAUGCAAAAUUAAAAUGGAUGAGAAAUUUUUGAUAGUUAGUGGGAAGGAUAGGUUAAUACUAGCUAAAGGUGUAGAUGCGGUGCAUAAAAUAAUUCAAGAGGAUAAACGUAAAAGCAGAAGUCCCAACAGUUCAAAUAGGACACGGUCGAGAUCCCCUGAUGGAAGCCCUAGGGGUUCUCACUUUAGGCGUUCUGAAUCUCAAAGGUCUUCUUAUUCUAGUCCGAGAGAUACGUCACUUGUCCAAAACAGAGGCUUUAAUCAGGAAAGGCGUGUUGAAGAUCGUGUACGUGAAAAUAUGCACAAAUAUGCAAGGGAUUCUCCACAAGCUUAUGCUAAUGAUGGAGCAAAAGGCCGUUCAGCUCGACCGAAAUCUCCACCACGCUCUUCUUUUGGCGGUGAUGCAUAUAGACAGUAUGAUGGGUACGAUCGUAAUUCCAGGUCACAUAGGUCUAAUAGCUUGGAUACCGAGAGGCAUAGGGCGGAGUCUCGUUCUGAGCGUAAGUUUGACUUGCCUACUUAUCAACGGAGCUUGGAAGAAUUGGAAAUGGAAUUUAAGAGCGAAGCAUUAGAACUGGCAAGAAUCAGGGACCAAGAAGAGGAUGAAGAAAACAACAAGCAUCGCGAGUUCAUUAGAGAGCUUAAAGAGAACUACAUGAAGAAGCUAGGAGUCAUAAGGAGCAUGCAUUCGAAGCAGUGGGAAGAGUUUCUUCGUCUCGAUACAAUACAACGGCAGCAGCAUCAGGCCCUCCAAACUGCUUAUACUCGGCCUGCAUACCCAGAUUAUGAUCAGAGGAACAUGCAAUAUGUAGGAAAUACUGGAUUAUCCAUGGAUACGAGGAAUAGAUAUCCAUAUCCCAAUGAGAACUAUUCCGCUCCGAGGCCUCAUGAUGCAUACAGUGACUACCAAAAUCAGAGGCAUGAAGAUUACGGCAAAACGUAUGGCCAGUAUUAGCUUUGGUUUUGGGAUCAGUUGGUGAGUUUACUCCUACCCAUCUUUAGCAAUCUAAAUUGUAGGAAUUUGUAUAGAUUGGUGUUGUUACCUAUUCAGAUUUAGCUAUCCAAAUUGGAAAAAAGGGGGUGGCAUUUGGAGGUAGGUAUGCUGGUAGUGCAACGUAGAUGGUUGCGGUGUUGAUGGAUAGAAGUUUCUGUUUUUCCCCCUUUUUUUGUUGUUUACAUUUGUACCUAAAACAAAUUGCGCAAAUUUUCAGGGUGCCUAAAUGGGGUUUCAAGGUAAUAUAGAGAAUGCCGUUCCCUUGGUAAGUACUUACUUUCUCUGUUAUCAUGUAGCUUCUCUAAGAGAACUAGAAGCUAAUUAGUAGCAACUUGUAUUUGAGACAUAUUCCUGUAGAAAACUCCUAACUGCUAAGAGUUGUAUUGUUGGGCCGCUGCUUCCAUCGACGGAACUGUUUGACACUCUUUUUCACAUAUCGAUCUUCAUGUGUUAAACUUUUAAACCUUGGAUCUUAUCUUUGAUCGUCGGUAAUCAGUGCGAACUCAGUUGUUUUAA